AUGUCUGGAAUAGAUCCGCGGUACUUGGCCGCAUACGCGGACCCUAACGCCAAUUUCAUAGCUACUGGCCAACAAAUGCAAAGAGAAAGGGGUACUAUAUCCGCCAACCCGUCAUUCGCGGGCGAUUACCAAAAUCGAAUGCCGCAAGAACGGAAUUCUAUGGAAUUGGCUCAAACUCGUAUGCGCAAUGAGCAAGUUACGCAACCUCCUAAGAUUUUCGAAACACCUACACCAUAUCAGAGAAACUCGCAAAAUAAUUGGAAACCAGUGACCAAUACACCGAUUAAGAAGCCUGAGGCUUCAGAUGUGAACAAACCCGAAAUACAGAAUCAGAUUAUGAGUCGUGGGGAUAAACUUAAGGCGCUUCACAGGAGCGGCGCGAGGGUUUUUUCCGGCCCAGUGGAGAAGGUUCUCAAAUGGCAUAAGGCGCUACAGGAUAUCGGCGUUUAUGUGCUUUACGAGAUCGUUGCAAAAUGCGUCAACAUAAGACCAGGCGAGCCUUGCUCUAAGAAUCUAGUCGUAAGAGACGAGAGCGGGCCCGCUAUGCAAAUAGUAUAUUACGAAGUGGAUUUUCUGCUACCCGAGCUUAAGCCUCCUUGCACUGUCAGGAUAUUAGGAAGGAUGAUGUCUGGCACGUCAAGAUUCCAAGCAUUCAGCGUGCGGCCGGCGACAGGCGACGACGCGGCGGCCCUGCCACGUCGUGCGGCCGUCGCCGCGCAUCACGUCUCUAAACUUUGUAAAGAGUAUACGGUUUAA